AUGGAUACAUUGACAAAUAGCGAACAAGAAACCGUCCUUCAGUUUAUCACCAUAACCAAUUAUCCUCAAGAACCACACACAGCUAUUCAUUACUUAUUGGAGUCAAACUGGGAUUUAGAAAGAGCUAUCAUCAGUUAUUUUGAAACUACACCAGAAGCCAACGAAAUCUUAAAUCAAAACGCAAGAAGAGUACAGCUGAAUAAUCCAGAAAAUACCAUUGAUAACAACAUGAGCACACCGCCAGCUUCAUCUUCUUCAAACAAUAGAUAUUUCCCUUCCAAUUUUAUGGACUCCAUAAGAAGAAAGAUUGAAUCAUUUGGGUCAAGUCAUGACCAAUAUUUACCAAUUUCAAAUAAUGAUGCUUCAACUUCUAGAGGGUUCCUCUCAUUAUCUUCCAAGGGCAAAGUGACAUAUAUUACACAACUGAUACUUUAUCUCCCAGUACUGGCACUUUACAAAAUUUCAGCAAUUGUUUUAUACAUCAUCACAACGGUCUUUCCCUUUAUCAAGAAAAUCACAGAUCGUUAUUCAUUGAACAGGCACAGCUCAAGAUCAGAACCAAAAGGAAUUGACCCAAGUCACACUGCUAGAAACUUCAUUUCCGAUUUUAAUAACUUUUAUCUGAGUGAUAAUAAAAUCGAUUUUUUUGAAGGUGGUUACACCUCAGCACUUUAUAUUGCUAAACGAGAUGCAAGAUUUUUGUUAGUUUACCUACACAGUGAUGAACAUGAUGAUACGAAUACAUUUGUUAAUGAGACCUUGUUGCAUGAAAGUUUUAUAAACUUCCUGCGAGAGCAUAACAUUCUAAUUUGGGGCGGUAACGUUCGAGAAAGUGAAGCAUAUCAAGUAUCAAAUAUUCUUGGAGUGAAUAAAUAUCCAUCUUUGGCUCUUUUGAGCUUGAAAACUCAAACAACUGAAACUCCUGAAGGUACAACAACAUCGCCUCCAGCUUUAAGUGUGAUUUUGAAAACACAAGGUUUGAUUCCUGUUGAUAAAUUAGUUGACAAAUUAUCCAGUCAAAUUGAAAGACUAGAGCCUACGCUUGUCACUAUAAGGGCAGAAAGACAACAAGAAGAAUUGGCUCGUGUUAUCAGGGAACAACAGGACCAAGCAUAUCAACUUUCAUUACAAAGAGAUCGUCAAAGGGAAGAAGAAAGAAGAGAAGAGAGAUUACUGCAAGAGAUUACAGAUCAAUGGCUUAAGUGGAGAGCAUUCACCCUAAAACCUGAAGUCGACGCAUCAAAGAAAGGAGAGUAUGCUAGAAUUGCAAUAAGGCUAUCAACUGGUGAAAGAGUUUUGAGGAGGUUCGCCAAAGAUGUUGCGAUUGAAGAGAUUUAUGCAUUUGUUGAGCUAAGUGAAAAAGGUCUGUUAAAUUCGGGUGAAAACGUUCCAAAGCCUGAAGGCUUUAUAUAUCCAUACCUCUUCAAAUUGAUCUCACCAAUGCCUAGAGCUCAGUUAUUUCCUUCUAGAAAAACUUUGAUCAAGGAUGAACCUAUUGUUUGGCCAAAUGGUAACUUAAUAGUGGAGUCCAAUGAUAGUUGAUGAUUAUAAUACAUGUUUGGAUUUCAGGUACUUUAGUUCUACUUUUCAAUCACUAAAUCAAGUAUUGCAUUCAUUC